UUCGUUUGUAAUUUUUGUAGUUUUGUUAUCACAAAAAAGACAAAAGUCUUUAUGGUUUUUGAUGGUUUUCCAAGUCUGAUUAUGAUUCCGAAUGAUCCACCUCAACAGAGUACUGAUAAUCAGCUGAUAAGUUCGUCCGGGUAGCCAGCAAGUGGCGUCGGGCUGUGCGGCUGUGUUGGUUGAUAAGAAACCCAAAGCGAUUCCCUGCAGUGUUCGUGUUACAGUGUCAGUGUCUAGUAUAUCCAAACCAGUUUGAUUUCCUUUGAGAUGUUGUCCUGGAUUUAACUGCAGCUGUUGAUAAUGUUUCCCACAAGCCUCCCGUGGAACAGCGUGGACGUCCUAGGCAACGAUCGCCACUUUCGUUACGGACGCGUAGUGGAUGUGGGGAUCAACGGGCUUUUCAUCGACUUUCUCUGUCCCAGUCGCCGACGGGAAUUCACACCGUUCGACCGGGUCUUUUUCAACGAUGACGGCCGCUAUCUGUACCGCAAAGAAAUGACCAAGACCUAUCCUCCGAAAGAUCUGCCUGCCGAAGUCCUGAUGCGCGAGAGUGCAUCGGGUACCUGGACCUGGUUCCCGGCGCAGUUGCUCCUGCGGACCCGCGACAUCGCCCUGGCUGAUUACAGCGUGGCCAUCGUCCGUCGCUGGCAGCCUGGGAAGUUAGUGGACGUUAUUCCCAGUUUGCGUAUCCGCUGGCAGGCGUCGACGGACGGGCAGAAAGCCGCCGCGGCAGUUCGUGGCGAACCGGGAGCGUCGCCGCAGCGCCCUACGCAAGGGGCGUUCGUGAAGCGGAGCAUACAGCUGCCGGACGGAUAUCCGGCGGCGUGGGUCACCACCGCGGUGCGUCAGCUUAAAAAAGACCCCAAUUGCUGUCCGGAGUGGUACGGUGCUCGUUCCGAGGUCGUGGACAUUGUCGACGGCUGUGUGUUCUACGUUCAGCGUCGGGCGACUGCUGAAGCGCAACCCGACGAUUCUCCAGCGGAACUAGAGCUGGUGGACGCUCUCUGUAAUUUGCACGGCGCGCUGCUGAAUGUCGUUUCACGGAUCCCAAAGCCCCUGGUUAACACUGCAGCGGCGGAGGCCCCUGUUUUGCCGAUGAAAGUGUGGGUGAAAGUCUUGCCGUAUCUGGACAGUUGGACACAGGCCCGUCUGCGCCCGGUGUGCACCACAUGGAACACCCUUCUGGAUUCGGCGUUCACGAAGGGUGAUGUUGUCCUCGAUAGCGCGGCAUUCUACCAGUGCGAUUUGGGGCCGGUGUACUGUAUGAUGGCAUGCCUCUUCCGAUACCUCACCUCCACCAGCAACCACAUCGUGGUCGCAGACCGCGGACGGUGUAUGAGUGAAAUGGACGUGCUGGAAGUCCUGAAUGCCGUGAAUUUCACUGCGCAGCGGAAGGCCGGUGUCCGGUUGCGAGGCAUUCAUUUGCGCGGGUUAAAGUCCUGUUUGCCGAUGUGUUGGUACGACGACCAGCCAGAAUCCCCGUGCUUGCUGCAUCAGCCUCCUGUCACCUGUUCCUCCACCGCCUGUUACCGCCACUGGCACACCACCAGUACCUGGUGGAACUCCAUGCUGACGUUGCGUAGUCUGCCGUGUGUGAAUAUCCAGCUAAUACAAUGCGCUCUCACUUUUGAGUGCAUUAUUUCCACCCGGUGCUAUCCGGGGGAUGAAUUAAAGCUUUUAGCGGCAAUUCAUGUGGAUCGACACAUUCUGACUGACGAUUUCGGCGGCGCACUGUGGAGUGUCAUGGAAGCGGGACUGUCACGGCCGCGGGACACGGAAUUACGUGGCUUGUCGGAGUGGUUAACGCGCAACUUAAUUCUACUCAACUCGACAGCAUUUCAAGCACCCGCGGAGUUAACCCAGCAAGCGAUCACAUACAUGACCUUGGUGCGCAAGACGUUGUGUGCAACGCAGACGGCGGAUCCGCGCCCAACGCUGCAUUACCGCGGGAAGAAAUGGUGUGUGGACGGUCUGCAGGAACUGGAGGUGGAGAAACUGUCGCGUGUGGCGCUGCAUUUCCUCAUCCAAUUAAUGCGAUCAUUAUGAACAGUUAAUCUCGGUCUCGCGCACAUCGUGUGAGGCAGCCAUCAGCAGUUCGUGUUAUAUUAACACUAAUACCAAUAAUCAAUAUGGAGAUGGCUUUGUUAAGCUGUUUCGCUAUCUUUUCGCCUUAUUACUUGCAUUUACCGGUAGAGUUGUUUGGAUGACUCGUAGCUUGUUGCCAUGUUUUUCUUAACCAGGGAUUGGAUCUGUUGUUAGCUUUUUUGUGUUUUUUUAAUCGUUAUCGGCAAGAGAUGUUUCCACGCCUUUGUGCAACGGUGCGUUUAAUUGUG